AUGAAUGUUGCUCGAUUGAUAGUGGCAUGCGUGUUUAUUCUCGUCACCUUCUCUCAUGCAUCCCUUGGUCAAGGCGUUGCAAGCUGUAACGGAUGCUGCCAACAGGGAAAUUAUAAAGAAAUAAGUGAUUCCCGACGCAGUACAAAAAGCGUAUGGAAGCCAGGUCAAACCCCGUUAUGUGAUCAAACUCUGAAAGAAGGUUGGUAUCGCUUUACCAGCUUUGUUGGAGGAGCAAUGCCGACUUCGAUGGUAAAGCAAAACCACUGCGGUACUAAAGCUCCGAUUUGGUUGAAGGAAGCGCAUCCCGCUACUAAUGUGAUAAAAUCAGUUAAAGCCUGCGUAAACAUAUUUGACAGAAGAGGUGGUUGUUUUUACGAAUUUGGAAUAACUGUCAAGAACUGCAGUGGGAAAUAUUACGUCUAUUAUCUCAAGCCAACAUAUUCUUGUUACAUUGCCUACUGUGCUGGAAAUGGACAGCCUUGCCCUUAUGGACAGGAAGGAAUAUCAUUGAAUAAAUGCUCAGUCGCAGGGCCUGUGACAUUUCCAAGUAGCACAUACUUGGGAAGACCAACUAUAGGCUAUGUCGUCGCCGGCACCGCUGCUCCUGACACAGACAAGGUCAAACUCUAUUGCCAGGUGUCUCUUCUAAAGGGUAUUGAGCUUUGGAAGAAUGUGACGUACCGUAUCCAGUGGUACUCGGAAGGAACGUUAAUAGAUAAUGCAGCACCAUUCUGCCUUCCAAAAAGUGGUCAGUUGGAAAAUGAUAAAUCUUGUCCAGGUUCAGGUCGACGUAAAGAAAUUCGCUCUCAGUUAAGCAACUUUGGGCCAGGCCAGAGAAUAUCAUGCAAUGUAUCUGCGAGGUUCACUAAUGUUGAGCCCAGUAGCUGGUCAGAUCCACUGCAUGUCACGCAGCCUUUUUUUGCUGGUAUACAGGUCUAUCCCACCACCCUCAUCAUAAAGGAAUGUGACACCCCUAAAAAUAUCGCACUCACCCCAACAAUUCCAGUGCGAAAAAAUUCCGUUGGCUCCUACCUCUUGGUGAAGUUUUUCCUUCCUCCGGGCCUAUGGAUCAUGGACAAAAAAGACUGUCUCAUACAACUGAAAGGAACCAAAUCUGUUACAGUACAGAUAGGGGCUACUUGUACAACUCUUCAUAGCAGCGAUAGGCUGAAUGUUGUCACCCCUAGGAUAUACAACAAUUGGGAUAGUGAAUUCUGGGGUUUCCUCGGUCUGCCGACAAUCUGGGUUACUGUACAACAGAAAAACACUGAGAUGAGGAAAUGCAGAUCUGUAACUGAUCCUCACUUCCUUAUGAUGGAUCCAAGCGUGGGUUGGAGAGAUUUCAUGGGCCAUGGUGAUUUUACUUUGUACAGCAACACCGAAAAAAACUUUGAGGUGCAGACAAGACAGUGGGCUUGCAACAAUGCCAAAAGCGUAACUUGUAACUGCGGAGUCAUAUUACGAGAUCAUAAUGACCUUAUUAAAUUUAGUUGUUGCAACCCAAGUCUUACCAGAGAUGACACCACACCAAUACAAGUCACCAUACCUCGGAGCAAAUGCCUAGCCCCUGGAAUAUCCUUAAAACAGGUUAUUAAAGGUUUUAACAGCAAGUACGAGGUUAUAUUUCCCACUGGAAUAAAGGUUGAGUUGGAAAGAAAUUAUUGGGGCAUAGAUGUCACCAUCUACGCUCCGCAAGCGGAAAAAGAGGCUAACGAGGACGGAUUAUGCACGUAUUUACCAACAAAGGGUGAUAUAAAUACAUUCGGAAACAGUCAAAGAAAAUUCCCAAGUUACUUCCAUAAACUUCCAGACAAGAUCAAUGAACACAGUGGUGGAGUAAACUUUGAAAAGGCCUGUGCUUGCAGCGAAGACGAAGACAAAAAUAUAACAGAUGACUGUCAUGAUGGAAUACCUGUUUUCUUCCGGGGCCUCGCAACUAAUCAAAAGCUUAAUAGAAUACUGAUGUGUAACAGGAAUAUUAAGAGAGACAUAACAAGUUCGGAUGACCUGACGGAGGACGAUUUUGAGUUGUUCAAGAAACGUGAUCAUCCAGAAGUUCAUGAGCGACAAAAACGAUCUAUACUUCAAGUUUCAAAGGAAAAUGCGACGCGGUAUUGCACGGAAAAAUUAGAAAAUACAACCAUAGGAAAGUUGUGUGCCAAGUUAGGAACAAACAUACAAGCACUAGUUAAUGUUUGCUCGGCUGAUAUCGAGUACACUGGCGACCUUUCUUUUGCCAUCGGAGCUGUUUCCCUUUUAAUGAGUGAAUGCAACGAUGAGGCAGUCCGUAACAUGACAUUUAAUGUAACUGAUAUGACUGACUUGGAAAUGCCUACAAUAGUAGACCAGAUCGCCAAGAUCAUGUGCCCUAAUGACUGCACUUUUAAUGGAAAAUGUGUCAACGGGUCAUGUCUUUGCGAUAAGGGCUAUACUGCUGACGAUUGCUCAAUAUCAAUUUACCAAAAUCCUUCUAUAAAGCGUCUUCAAAGCGAUGGGUUAUGUGAUAGGCGACAAAGACCAUGUAAGAGGGCAACCGUUUUAGGAACUCAAUUUUUAAAUUCGACCAAUUUGACCUGCCAUAUAAGUGAAGUCAAGAUUUGGAACAGUUCAUGGGUACCAAAUGACGCCGAGGUUAAAUAUCCAGCGAUGAUGACGGAUCUUGUUUUAGUGGACUGCUUUUUACCAGAUUCCCCAGUGAUGGCUAGGCGAUAUGAUGAGAAUGUGAAAGGAACACCAGCAGCUGGACUGAUGAUUUCAGUGUCAAACAAUGGCUUCUCUCAAAGCGACCAGAAACUUAAGUUCAUAUCCUACGACUCUGUUUGUUUGAACUGUAAUUCUUCACAAGGAUGCUUUCUGAAGACAAAUUCUUGCCUAAUCAACAAUUAUUGCUUCGCAUCUAAUGAAGCAAACCCAAAGGACUGGUGUAGUCAAUGCCUGCCUCACAUUGAUGCAAAUUCUUGGAGUAAGCGACAAGUCAACCACCCACCCAAAUUCACACCCAAGACUGACUACUAUGCACUUUAUGGAGAGAAGCUUGAGCUGCUGAUCGAAGUAUCAGAUCCUGAAGGUAUGCCAGUAACCAUCUCUAGUUUGGAAGGCACUCCCAAAGAAGCGAGGAUACAGAACAAUAUUUUAUUUUGGAAUGUCACAACGAAUAAAACCACUCCAUUCUACUUUGAAGCCACCGACAGUUGUCAGGCUUCAUCUACUUUAAACAUCACCAUCACCAUCAAUGUCUGUCCAUGUAAAAACAAAGGUAAAUGCGUGCCUCACAAGCCCAGAGGAAGUGGUAUUUAUACGUGUGACUGUGUCGGAGGAUAUACGGGGCAAUAUUGCGAGACAGAAAUUGAUGAAUGUCAGUCUUUUCCUUGUUUACGAGGGCAGUGUAUCGAUGGAAUUAACAACUACACCUGUAUCUGUGAUGAUGGAUUUGAUGGCAGAAAUUGUGAUAACGAUAUUGAUUAUUGCCAAUCAUCUCCUUGUUCUCACGGAAAUUGUACCGAUCAGGUCUAUGGUUAUCGAUGCAGUUGUGUACCAGGAUACUCUGGAAAACAAUGCAGUGUGGACAUUAAUGAAUGUCAGUUAUCGCCUUGCUUAAAUGGAACGUGCCUUGAUUUAAUGAAUAAUUACAGCUGUAUAUGUAAAGCUGGCUUUACAGGGCGUGAUUGUGAUAUCCCGAUCACGCGCUGCAAUAACGACUCUUGUUAUCCUGGUGUACAAUGCUCAAAGAAUAACCUCACGAUAUCUUGUGGCUCAUGUCCAUCUGGCUAUACUGGGGAUGGAAAAAAUUGUAUAGACAUCGAUGAUUGUCAUAGUCAUACCUGUCGAAACGGAGCAACCUGUGUUGAUGGUGUUAAUGAUUACACGUGUUCAUGCGUGUUUGGCUUCACUGGACCCAAUUGUGAAACUGCGCCACCAACAACUGUCGAACCACGCACUAAGGAAUCAUCGACAGAAAAGAUGACAACAGACUCGCCUGAGACAGACGAACCCAAGACCAAAGAACCAACAACGGAGGAAAUCAAAACAGAACUUAUCUUCGAAUUACGUGUGAAGACGGAAUGGAAUGAUGAAUUAAACGAGAAAACCAGUGCAGCUUUCAAAAAGUUGUCUCUUGAAUUUGGAAAAGUGAUACGGGAGCUAUAUUCUGAGGAUGACAAUUUUAUUGCCGUAGAGAUAUUAUCAUUCGUGAAGGGAAGUGUUCUGGUUGAAUUUAAGCUAACUUUUAAAAAGAAGCUAGAAAAUUCAGAGGCAUUGACGCCACUUAAAGAGGGAAUAAAAGGUGGCCGGAUGGGUCCUUGGAGCGUUGAUCCUGAAUCCCUAAAAGUAAACGAGCAAGGAGAAGGACCGACGGAAUCAGGUUUUCCUUUGCCAAUGGUAAUCGGUAUUUCGUGUGGGGGAUUUCUUUUUCUUGCUCUCACUACAAUUUGCAUCGUUCGCCAAUGCCAGCGAAGCAAGGGUAAGAUCAAAUUAAAUAGGUCGGGUGUGAUGCCUACUGAAGUUCCGCUCCCUAUUCUCACCUCUAACGCCUUGAAUGAUGAAAAGGAUGGCAAUACUUCUCAUGAAGAAAAACCAGUCUCCCACAUUGGAAACAAUCGGUAUGACGCACUGGGCAUCUCGAAUGAAGCCGUGCAUUAUGAGAAACUGGGUGCCUCGAGUCCAUCUGCAAAUUGCUUUGAGGGUUUGGGUACCUUUAAUGAAGCCGAAAUCUCCUCCCUUAAAAAAGCUUAG